AUGCCACCUCGCUCGCGCCGCCAUGUGAGACACAACGUCUGCCUUCGACAUCAGGCCCCUCUACCAGACGAUCCGGUGGUCAGCUUUAGCAGUGAUGAUGACAUUCCGGCAUUCAGGGCAUCGACAUCGCCGGCUUUGCCUUCUGCUUCUGCUCCUCCCAGCAUGCCGGAUGAGCUCACUUCCUUGCGCCUCCGGGUACAGGCAUUGGAGAAUCAGCUUCAUGCUCGAGACGUUCUCCCUGCUGCUGGUGGUUCGGCACGCGCUUGGUUCAACCAUCUUCGCCAGUUCGUCUACGAGUCACCUCUGCCUUUGCUGCAAGGUUCGGGCAUGCCGCCGUUGGAUGUCGCCGUCAUCCUCGCAUUGCAGGAGACCGACGCUUGCUGUGCAGCCCUUGGCUCAGCUUUGGAGUCGUUGGAGGCGCGCUUGCUGUGCGGGCCGACUCGCUUCGAUCCGAUUGCUCCCGUGGUGCCUCCUGCUCCUUGGAUUACUGACCUUCGAGAUCAGGUUCGUGCCUUGUCAGCGAUGGUUGACACCCAUCAGCGGCUCUUGAACGGCCUGGCUGGUUGGAUCCCUCUGUCUCCCUGCCCUGUCGACCCUCCACCAGAUACGUGGGCCGUGGGGACCACCUACCGCAUCGCCGUCCUCGAAGCAGCUUUGGGUGGUGUGAAUGCUUCCGAGUCCUCUUCCACAGCUUCUAGUUCAGUGACAUCGCGGCUCUCACGUCUGGAGGCCCAAAUGGCGGCACUGCAGCAGUCUAUGACAGUCAUGAUUCGACGGCGGCUGCUUUUUCUUUUGACGAGGCAGCUUUAUUCGGAGGAUGGCUUGCUCUCGGAGUCCUACCGCGACUACUACAAAUGCUUGCGCGGCUCCGGUGCUGCGUCCUCGGCUACGGACUUCUAUGUCACCGUAUCUUCGGCCAUCAUGGACUACACCACCUUCGGGAACGCUUCCAACAUCGAAGCUUUUCUCAAUGCUCGCAAUUCGCAGCUGGAUCGGUGGUUGGGCAUUGCUCGCUCUGCACGCAAGGACAGUGACGUGGUCUCGGAACUUCUUCGUCAGCCUGGGGGUGAGACACACGUGGUGCGUCUGGUCGUAUCUUAUGCGCCUGCAACUUUGAGUGCCUACUUCAACUGCUGGGAUCAGUGGGUCUCCUUCUGCGCGGUCGUAUCAGAGUCUCCGUUUUCGCCCAGCCUGCGGGUGUUGCUCGACUUCCUCCAGGUGCAUGCACGGGGUACGUCGCAAUCGGCAGUUGGUUGGAUUAAGGGCCUACGCUUUGUGGCACGCCGCCUCGAGGUUCUGUCGUUGGCUUCAGCACUGGCAACCUCGGCUGUAUCUUCUUAUGCUCGCGCGGCGGUGGCAACUCAACGUCGUGAGACCGCUCCUCUACCACUGUCUUUUGUCAUCUGGCUGGAGAUUCAGAUCCUGGACGUGAAUCUCUCACCCGCUCGACGCUUGCAAUGUGGGGCUUUUCUGACUUGCAUUCUGGCUAGUUUGCGCUGGUCGGAUGCUCUAUGGUCGUCGCCAGCCAAGGUUCAUGCCGUGGAAUCUGCUGUCCUGGGUUGUGCUACGCGAACCAAAACGACAUCGCGUUCCAUGCCUUGGGCUGCUCUGGCCAGCGGUUUUACGUCCCGCCCAGUGGGCAGCUCGGGUUGGGGCCAGGUGUUCGUGCAGCUCUUGCAGGAAGCAGUGCAUACGACCACAUCUUUGCACCCCAACUUCGAGCCGGAUUUUCUGCUGUCGGAGCUCGGCGACGACCCCUGGCGACCCCAGUUGCUGGGUCCUCUCUCUCGACACAGGGGUAUUCUGCUCCUGCGGUCUUUGCUUCGGGAUUGCUACUCUUCCACGCCGGCCGAGAAGCGUCCAGAUUUGGACCUUAUCGGGGUCCACUCUCUUAAGGUCACACUCCUGUCCGUGGCGAAACAGCUGCUGCUCGAUGAGAAUCUUCGUCGUCAGCAAGGUCAUCAUCGCUCCGGUUCCGGGGCGAUGCCAGAGUUGUAUGGGCGUGAUGACAUCGCCGGUCCCUUGGAGUUGCAGCAGCAAGUGGUGCGAGCCGUUGCGGCGGGCUUUCGCCCUUUACGUCCGAGCGCUCGUGGCUCUAGGCCACCCUUGCCUGAUGUGCCGUUCACCGUGCCUGCCCUUGCCCCGGCCGAGCCAGGUGGUGACAUUCCGGCCUUGAGUGCCAGACCACCAGCGGAGUUGGACGUGGACUCCUCGAGCGAUUCUGCGGACGAUGAUCCUGGAUCUGGGUUGGUACGUGCAGCGGCUUCGUCCUCGACCUCUGGCACCUUUGACCUGGUCUCGUUCGCUCCGGAUGGUGCUCCCGCCUCUACAUGUGUACCUCUCCCAGCGGUUACUUCGGACGAGGCGAAUUCUUCCAGUUCUCCAGAUCCGACUCUUGGUGCAGCUUGGCAGGCGGCAGAGGAUGCAGAGGAGUUUGAGUUCCUUUUCAACCCAGUCAGUCAUGUUCUGCACCUAGCCAAGACCUGUGAUUCUAGCCAUCCAGCGUGCCAGUUUCGACCGACACAGCCUGGGGAGCCUUCUCUCCGCACAGGCUGUGGGAUUCGCGGUUGCUUGGCCGAAGGUCAUCUGAUGCGCUGCUCCGAAGUACCAGCAGGUAGCCGGCUUUGUUUGAAACAUGGCUGCUGCCGUGAGCAAUCUGUCCAGAGAGCCUUGGCUGCGUAA